AUGGCGAGUAAUAUUCCGGCUGGACUGAAACCCGCAGAUAUUGGGCGGUUUGCCCUACGAGCUGCCCAGCUCGAGAGCGCAAAGCCCAUCAUUUCCUACUGGUGCCAUUUCUGGAUCGUUAACCAGAUCAUUGAAAAAGGAUUGCAUAAUUCCGACGAUGAGGUUAAGCUAUACACGGUGAAUCUUAUGGAGAAGUUGGAACAGUUCAAAAUAGAGAAUCCCGAUAACGAUGCGAUCCUGGACUCGGUCGCUGCGAGCGCCUAUGUGGAGCAAUUUGGUCUGGAGGUUUUUGGUCGUGCGGAGGCAACUAUGAGAGCCAACAAAGUGACAAAACAAACGGCGGACACAUUUCAGGCGGCAGCGACUUUCCUCGAACUGUGUCAGAUUUGGAAUCCCCUCGACCCGGAAAUUGCGGCGAAGGUGAAGUUCGCCAAGUACCAUGCGCUGCGGAUCGUCAAGGCGAUUAAGGCGGGAGAAGACCCCAAUGAAUCAAACCCCGUGAUUCAGGAGGAGGAGGAGGAAGCAUUGCCUGAAGAACAAGAGCUACAGCACGGACAGAUCGAGGGUCAAGUCGCGGGUGUUGAUGGACUGCGCGCGCACGCCCUCCAACCCACCGUUGAAGAGGUCCCAGACGAAUCUCAGCCCACACAGUAUUCAACCUCAUCGCCCACCCUUCCACAGCCUCCCACAGCCUCGACUGAGCUUCCCUCCGCCCCGGACAGCAUCCCAACUACAUCUCACCAGCACAUGGACGUUGACGAAGAUUCACCACUUAGUCUCCCUUCGGCCCCCGAAACGCUCGCGUCACGAUCAAUGGGAGCUGAGGGGCCGGUUUUACCAGAUACCCCGACCAAGAUUGGGACACACGACCACGCUGCGCCUUCAAACACGUUCCAGUCGUUCCCGCCACCAUCGGGGAUAACCCCUGUGGGCCCACCUGCUCCCCAUGAUGUAAGCUCAUUCUAUCACACGCCCAGCACCGGUGAGCCUUCACGAAUUGCACCACCGGCUGGACCGGGGCGUGUGCCUCCAGUCCAGCAACCAGCGCCAAUAUCGACAGCUGCGCAGGUGAACUCUCAUGGCGUCGAUGACGAGGCCAUCGCACUUGCUCAGAAGCAUGCUCGCUGGGCUGUGUCUGCGCUGGCCUUUGAUGAUGUCCACACCGCAAUCAAGGAAUUGCGCAACUCGCUCCGUUAUCUUGGUGCUGAAUAG